AUGAAAGUAAAACCAGGAGAGGAACAAUUGUUAUGCAAAGUUGAUUUUUACUAAGUGCAAUUUGUAAUGCCCAAAUUCAUUUAAGAAGAAGGCAUUAUCAAAUAAAUAGUUCCAUACAAAUCACCAUUUUGGAAGUAAAUUAUGUAUUGGUUUUUUUGUGUCAUAUCGCGUAAUCAUAAUUUUUCAUAACGUAGUUGGUUUAGCAUAUCUAUUUACAAGAUGGGAAUAAAAAUUUAAUAUAUGGUUAAAAUUUUAAAAGUGCUUAUUGGAUGAAGCAACGCAUCUGCUCAUUUACUCCGCCCUGGAUGAAAUAGAACUUGUAAAAAUAGAGGAGAAACAGAUACAGAAAAAUGAGAAGCAGUUGAAAAUGAAGAUUUUUAGUUAUAGACUCUACUCUUACUUUUUGGAGGACGGAGUAUUCAAGCCUAUCGAAACAUCAUUUUAUAAAUUAUAGCACAAAGAAAUCAUCUAGUAAUUUUGUAAAGGUUUAUAAAAUCCCCGGGAGAUUGCAUAAUUAUAUGGAUAUAAUAACACAACCAUACCUGACAAAUCUACAGUCAAAAUAUUAAUAGAUGAAGUGCUAUCUCCAUUUUACUUAUUCCAAGCUUUCAGCGUUACUUUAUGGUUAAUAGAGUCAUACACGUAUUAUGCUAUUGUAAUACUGCUUUCUUCUUUGAUAUCUAUUAUCAUCAGUUUAAGAGAAACAAAGACCAAUUUCAAACGACUUAGAGAAAUGUCUGCGUAAAAUACAACUGAAAAUUUGUUAAGAAAAUAGAGUGGAAUAAGAAUCGAAAAUGAAUCGCUCAUUAUUCCGUAUGAUCUAAUUUCAAAAAGGGAGAAAUAUAACUCAAAUGAGAUUGUUCCUGGUGAUCUGAUAGAAGUACAGAACGAUUGGACAGUCCCAUGUGAUUGCAUACUAUUGAAUGGGUCAGCCAUCGUAAAUGAAUCUAUGUUAACAGGGGAAUCAAUACCAAUCAUCAAAACAUAGUUACCAUACAAUAGUAAUAUGUACAAUCCACAGGAGGAUUCAAAAACAUUCACUCUCUAUGCAGGUACAAAAUGUAUUGAGGCAAGACAUCCUGAAAAGAGUAAGAUUCCUGUUUUGGCACUUGCGACUUAAACUGGAUUUUCAACAAUAAAAGGUGAGUUAGUUAGAUCAAUCUUAUAUCCAAAACCAGUUACUUUUUCAUUUUAUAAAGAUUCCCUAUUAUUCCUAGUAGUUUUAGCUAUAAUGGCAUUUAUUGGAUGGCUAAUUGCAUUACCAAACACAAUCGAAGGUAUUAAAAAUGGAGAUAUGACUAUAUUUUGGUUUAUCAUAAAUUCCUUUGAUUUAGUUACAAUUACAGUGCCUCCAGCUCUGCCUACAUGUUUAUCAAUAGGAGUUUCUUUCGCUUUAGCAAGAUUGUAAAAGAAGAAGAUCUAUUGUAUCUCACCUAACAAAGUUAAUGUUGCAGGAAAGAUAACGAUAAUGUGCUUCGAUAAAACUGGUACUUUAACCGAAGAUGGCCUAGAUCUAUAUGGAGUUAGAGCUAUUGGAUAUAGUGAAAGUAUAAUUAAAUCUAAAAAUGAUAGAAAAACAAAAGCUCAAAUUUGAUGACUUAAUAAUUAAUAUCAGUGAUCUAAAUAUCCAUGAUAAGUCAGUAGUGCUUGAUGAUUCAAAUGUAGCAUUUAAUGAAUUAAAGAGAACACCAAAGUAAGUUUUAUAUGACAUAAUGGCAUCAUGUCACAGUUUAGCAACUGUUAACAAUAAUUUGAUAGGAGAUCCUCUAGAAAUUAAGAUGUUUGAAGCCACUUAAUAUAAACUAGAUGACAUCAAUUCUUUGGUUUAUUCUUAGGAUGGUAGCUAAAUUAAAAUACUCAAAAGAUUUGAAUUCUCAUCAACUCUAUAAAGAAUGAGUGUGAUUGUAGAAAAAGAUGGAGAAUUGAAAGCCUAUGUCAAAGGGUCACCUGAAAAGUUAAGGGAAUUGUGUAAGAAAUAAAGUGUACCAUCUAGUUUUCAUAAAAUUCUGGAUUUCUACUCAAAAUUAGGAUUUAGAAUACUAGCUUGUGGUGCAAAAACUUUAUCAAAGGAAACAAAUCGUGAUGAUGUAGAAUCUAAUCUCACUUUUAUUGGAUUAUUAAUUAUGUAGAAUAAAUUGAAAUCAGCUACAAAAAAGAUUAUAUAAACACUUUAAGAUGGAUUUAUAAGGACGAUUAUGGUCACAGGAGAUAAUGUUCUAACAGCUAUUUCAGUUGCCAGAUAAUGCUCAAUAGUUUUACCUAACCAAAGAAUAUUCCUAGGGGAUAUAGGAGAGGAGAAAAUUAAUGGGAAGAAUUAAAUUGUAUGGAAAGAUUUUGAUAUGAGUGACAAUGUACUCAAUCCAGAAAAUCUAUCUCCAGAAUUAGACAUUCAAGAUGAUCCUGAUAAUCAAGAAGAUGAAAAUGAAAUCAUUUGGAAUUAAUUAUCAAUGAAAGAUUAAUAGUCUUUAGAAGUUGCUUUAAAUGAAGACAUAGAUUAAAUUAUCUAAUAGGACGAUUUAGAAGAUUAUCAUUAAACAUCUUAUGAUAGAAAAUCAAUAUCUAGAAGGUCUUAGUAAUUACAAAAAAGCAAAAUUCAAUCUUAUAAAGAAAAAGAGAAGCAACUAAUUCUAGAAAAUUUAGAUCAUUUGAUUGAUGAUUAGGAUCCAUGGAAAACCAACGAACCUUUCGUUAUUGCCAUCUCAGGAAAAGCUUUUUAAUUACUAACCAAAUAAAUUGACACCAAUCCAGCAGCUCGAAAGGUGUUUGGUAAACUCUUAGAAAGGGCAUAGAUAUUUGCGAGGAUGAAACCUGAACAAAAGGCUUAAUUGAUUACACAUCUCCAAAAAAUUAGCAAAAAGGCAUUAUGCGGAAUGUGUGGAGAUGGAGCCAAUGAUUGUGGAGCUCUAAAAGCUGCAGAUGUCGGCAUAUCUCUAUCUGAGGCUGAAGCCUCAAUUGCUGCUCCAUUCACUUCUAAAAUUUAAGACAUUUCUUGUGUUGUUAAAUUAUUAAGAGAAGGAAGAGCUUCCUUGGUUACAAGUUUUCAAUGCUUUAAAUAUAUGGCAUUAUAUAGUAUGAUCUAAUUCAUCACUUGCACUUUGCUCUAUUUAAUUUUAGCCAAGAUUUCAGACUUUCAGUUUCUCUAUAUUGAUUUAGUCUUAAUUAUACCUCUAGCCUUUACUAUGGGUAAGACUAAAGCGUAUAAACAAUUAACAUAGUUUUAGCCAGGCUCUAACUUACUCUCAUUUCCUGUUUUGAUGUCUGUUAUUGGGCAAACUAUCAUUCAAUUAUCAUUUUAAUGUAUUGUUUAUUUUACAUUACGUACGUAAAGUUGGUAUGUGAGUAAUUUUGUAAUUCAUGAAGGAAAUACUGAUGAUCAUUAUGCAAUGAUGAUCAACUAUGAAAAUACUGUAAUUUAUUUAAUUUUUAAUUUAGAGUUUAUUCUUAUAUUCAAGUUUCCAAUAUAUUUUUUAAUGCAUCGCAUUUUCAAUUGGAAAACCAUUUAGAAGAGAAUUUUAUACAAAUUUAGGAUUUACUUGUGUUUUAAUCAUUCUGUUUAUAAUUAAUUUUUAUGUGUUUUUCUUUUCAUAACAUCCUGAAUUUUUAGCUGAAGAUAUAUUUAAGGUAUUAUAAACAAAUAUGUUUUAGUUGAUUUUCAAUUUUUAAGAUAGCUAAAUGCCUUAAAAAUGGUUAAUUGCAAUGUUCAUUUUAAUGAUAAUUAAUAUGAUAAUCACUAUACUCUUUGAAAAAUAUGUCGUCCCAAUAACAACACGAUAUUACAGAGCAAAAAAGAGAUAAAUAGUUAAAAGAUAUCGUUUUCCUGAAAAUCCUUAUCUAAGAGAUUGA